CUUUCUCUCUUUAUCAUCGAUGCCAGCUUGGACGAGAGGGAGUGGGUGAGGGAGAGAAGUUUUAUCCUUAGGCUUUCUUGUGUGGGUCCUCCCUUUUUUACAUCUCUCAUAACGACCCCUUAACUUUCGUUUUAUACUAUUUGUCACCCCUAACUUUUUUUGUUUUAUAUUUUCCUCAUCCUCUCUAGCAAGUUCAAGGAGGGAGAGUAUUUACGAGCUAACUCGGCCUAUUCAUACUUUCAUCGAGCUAACAAGAGGGAUGAUAAUAUUCUCGAAAAAAGAUAGAUCGAGCUACAACAACUAAAUCAUAAUGUAUGCUUACAUCAUGGUCCAAUAAUACAUGUGUCCCCAUAUAUAGACUAAAAACAUAUUAUGUUUUGUUAUGUGAAACCUGUUAACGUUUGUUUAUCAGUGGGGGCCUGGGGGGGGGGGGGUGAUAUCGUAUUAUGUAAGUUUAAUAUUUUACAAAAAUGAACAAUAAUAAGAAAAGAAAAGAGAUGAACGACAGUGUCUUGUACUUGCAUCCCUAAUUGAAAUAGGUGGGAAUGGGCUGUCAAUCAUGUCACAUUAGGCCAAAAUUGUUCUAUUAGUUAUUUUUCAUUGUUAUUGUACAUGUGUAUGAUAAGAAAAGAACCUGCUUGACGUCUUUAACGUGAACCUCGUUCAUUUGAAUACUUUUUGGCGCCAUAGAUGGUCUGAAUAACCUCAUAUGUUCUCAUAAACUGUUUUGUUAUUUUUAGUCACAUUACUUAAUUAGUCGUUGGUUAAGCUGUUUUUUACGUGACAUCUUAUGUUCAGCUGCUUAUAAAGUCAAUUCUAUCUGGUGAAUCGAACAUGAAAGAAACUAGGUUGUUGUGACUUCUUUGUUGUUACUGUCAGUGAUAAUUAUCCUAUAUAAAAAUAAAAUUUGUCGAGUGAACAACAAGUCGCUUUGGCCGAGUGGUUAAGGCGUGUGCCUGCUAAGUACAUGGGGUUUCCCCGCGAGAGUUCGAAUCUCUCAGGCGACGACUGUUUUUGUAAUUUUUACUUUUUAAAAAAAAAACAGUGUAAUAAUAAAGCGAUAAAAGUAAAACAGAGCGAAACCAUUAAAUGGCGUUUCAUCAUCGAGCCAAACAACAAGACAGGACAGGACAGGACACAAACUAUCUCCUGCUCUGUCUCCUGCUCUUGCCGUCUUUAAUUGCGUAGCUUGUCUAAUCCGCGUCUCUUCUUAUUCUUCCGCGUUUCACACCUUCUUCUUCUUCUUCAAUCUCCUCAUUUUGAAUCUGAAAACAAAGUCCUCCAUAACUGAAUGCCACCGUCACGCCUGGAAAUUUUCUCCAGAGGGAUUUAGAAGAAUCAAGGGACCUGAGCUGAGGAAACAAUGGUGUUGGAAUCAAGGGACCUUAACCUUUAUCUCUGAAACCAAGUGGCUGCUGAGUUCUAUAAGGAGUAUAUCAUCUGUAACACCAGAGAGCAAGAUGGUUUUACUUGAUUGCUAACAUAGAUCAACAAAGUUUUGGACUCUCUAUGGCUCCUCCUGGUGGCAAUACUUUCAAAGAAUCCAACUCAACAGGCUUAGAUUAUGAGGUUAAGAUGUCUAAAGUGGAGACUAACAACAAACCAGCAAGAUCAGCUAGUGUCUCCUUUAGAAAAUACGGAAUCCAUUCAAGCAAUGGUGUCUACGAGCUUCUCGAAUGUCUAGCUUGUACAAAUCUUAUGUAUCCUCCAAUUUUUCAGUGCCCUAACGGCCACACACUGUGCUCAACCUGCAAACUGAAAGUGCACAACACAUGCCCUACAUGCCGCUACGAGCUCGGCAACAUAAGAUGCUUGGCGCUCGAGAAAGUUGCUGAAUCGUUAGAAGUUCCGUGCCGGUACCAAAGUCUAGGGUGUCAUGACAUUUUCCCGUACUACAGCAAGCUCAAGCACGAGCAGCACUGCAGGUUUCGAUCUUACAACUGUCCUUACGCUGGCUCUGAGUGUUCGGUGGCCGGUGAUAUUCAAACUCUUGUUGACCAUCUCAAAGAUGAUCAUAAAGUCGAUAUGCAUGAUGGUUGCACCUUCAACCACCGUUAUGUCAAGUCAAAUCCACUCGAGGUUGAGAAUGCUACGUGGAUGCUUACGGUGUUCAACUGUUUUGGAAGACAGUUCUGCUUACACUUUGAGGCGUUUCAGCUUGGGACGGCACCAGUGUACAUGGCCUUUCUGCGUUUCAUGGGAGACGAGAAGGAGGCUAAGAAGUUUAGUUACAGUUUGGAAGUUGGAGCUCACAGCUGUAAACUGACUUGGCAAGGCAUUCCUAGAAGUAUCAGAGACAGUCACAGGAAAGUCCGUGAUAGUCAGGACGGACUGAUCAUCCCUAGAAACAUGGCUUUGUAUUUUUCCGGUAGUGAUAAAGAAGAGCUUAAGCUGCGAGUUACUGGGAGGAUUUGGAAAGAAGAAUAGCUCUCUGAUGAUGAUUUUGAUUGGAGCUGAAACGGAUGAUGUACAUAGGACAUAGCAGAGUCUUUUGAGAGCUUCUUUCACCAUUAAUAGGUUGCAAUCUUCUGUUGUUUUGCAAUAUUACAUACUCUUGUCUUGUAAUUUUCCUGAUUUGUUGGAAAAAAAAAACAACGAGAGAGACAGACAAGCUUUAGUUUUGGUUGUGUUCUUGUAUCAAAAGUUGAUUUUGUCUUACUUUUAUCAUACAGUAUGAUCCAUAA